AUGGUGCCCGUUGUGGACAUUCCGUUUGCGCUGCCGGCCGCGCCGGCGAACUACGCUGCGCCCGCUGCCUCGACCUCGGCGGUGCCGCUGACGACCGCCAAGGUGGAGCCUGCGGGCCCUGCCUUCCUCGGCUUCAUCCGCCGCAGCCUGCACCAGAGCUCGUUUGCGGAGGACGACGCGCUGAUGAAGCAGCGCCUCGCCGACCACGCCGCGGCGAACGCCGAGGUGGACGAGCUGGACAACGACAUCGGUGAGGAGCCCGAGAGCGAAGAGCUGCUCGAGAGCGACCCGAAGGAGUGGAAGUCGCAAGACCACUACGCGGUCCUCGGUCUCUCGUCUCGCCGCUACAAGGCCACCGACCACGAGAUCAAGAUUGCGCACCGCAAGAAGGUUCUCAAGCACCACCCCGAUAAGAAGGCGGGCGCUUCUGGCCUUGCGAACGACGACUCCUUCUUCAAGUGUGUCGCCAAGGCGCACGAGAUCCUCUCGAACCCGGAGAAGCGCCGUCAGUUUGACAGUGUCGACGAGGGCAUCGACGACGAGGCUGUGCCGACUGGCAAGGAGGCUCCCGAGCGCUUCUUUGAGCUGUGGGGCCCUGUCUUCGAGCGCGAGGCGCGCUUCUCGAAGAACACGCCGGUGCCGUCGCUUGGCGACGAGAACAGCACCAAGGAGCAGGUCGACGAGUUCUACAACUUCUUCUACGACUUUGACUCGUGGCGCAGCUUCGAGUACCUCGACAAGGAGGCGAACGAGGGCAGCGACUCGCGCGACGAGAAGCGCUACACCGAGAAGAAGAACCGCAACGAGCGCGCCCGCCGCAAGAAGGAGGACAACGCCCGCCUGCGCAACCUCGUCGACAAGGCGCUGUCGGUCGACCCGCGCAUCAAGCAGUUCCGUGCGCAGGAGCGUGCCGCGCGUGAGGCCAAGAAGAACAAGGGCCGCCCGGGUGCGCCGGGCAACGCUGCCGCUACCGCCGCCGCUGAGGCCGAGCGCAAGAAGGCCGAGGCCGAAAAGGCGGCUGCCGACGCCGCCGCGAAGGAGGAGGCCGAGAAGGCGCAGCGUGCCGACGCCAAGAAGGUGCGCGAGGCUGCCAAGAAGAACCUGAAGAAGGAGAAGAAGGCGCUGCGCACCCUCAUCGCCGAGGCAAACUACUUCCAACCGGACGGCACGACGCCGUCGGCGAGCAUCCUCGACAAGCAGCUCACCACGCUCGACGCGCUCUGCACUGCGCUCGAGCCCGAGGCGGUGCAGGCCCUGCGCGAGACGUGCGAGAAGGACAAGGCCAGCGCUCAGGCCGCGCUGCACCAGGCCGCCCAGGACAAGUCGCUGGGUGAUGCGUUCGCUUAA